AUGGCAUUCUUAAUGAUAUACCCAGCUGUAGCCAUCCUCUCUCUGUUUGUCCUCAUGGUUAUCAUACUUAUUCUAAGAUUUGGGGCACGUUGGUGUAAGCUCCGGCAUUCCACCUUUGCUGAUCAGGAGUGCUGGCAUGAAGAAGCUUAUGAGCAAAAAGUAUCCUAUGCUUAAAAAUGAUCUUAAUUUGCAACUUUCCGUCCAAUUAUGUCUGAUUUUAAUCUACUUAGCUAAUUAAUGUUUAGAUUUAAGGUAAAUAAUAUUUUUUUUUUAUAUUCUUUUUCAACCCUAUUCUAUUAGCACAAAAUGAAUUCUAUCAUCAUAAGAUGUUAUUGAUCUUUAUAAUGACCUGAAAAAUUUAAAACUUUGUGAAUGUAUGUGUAUACAAAUAUAUUUUUAAAACUA